AAUAAAGGGCGAAGCGUUAUUUUUGACCCUGGCCGCGCACCGUCCAUCGCUAACCAGAACAUGGCGUCUGCAGACUCGCAGCCGCGGUUUGGCCAGUCUGUCAAAGGGCUGCUAUCCGACAAAGUGGGCUCCUGUGGCGGGGACGUCAUCGCGCUGACACGCCAAGUGCUCAAGGGAUCUCGCAGUCAGGAGCUUCUUGGUCAAGCAGCAAGAAACAUGGUGAUCCAGGAAGACGCCAUCCUGCACUCUGAGGACAGUCUGAGAAAGAUGUCCAUUAUCACCACACAUUUACAAUACCAGCAGGAGGCCAUCCAGAAGAAUAAGCCAUAACACGAGCUGAUGACGUGCACUGACUCCUGUCCAUCCUCCAGUGUGGAGCACUCUAAAAACCUGCAGGACCAGCUGAGACACCUGCUGAAGUGACGGAGCAGCCCGAGGCCCCGGCCCCCACUUUGACCGUGCCAGCAGGAGGGUUUAACGUCAGCACCUCUCUGAAACCCAAACGCACUUCCUGUGGACAGCGGUAUCUCCCUGAUUCAUAAUCCACAGGGUCAGAACAGGCCAGCGCAGCGGGUUGCCCUGUUCUGACCAGAGGCGCAGCCCCCACCCUCCAGCCCCCCCCCAGGCAGAACACUAUUUUCACCGUUGGUGCUGUCAGCGGCCUGUUGGGGGGGCGAGCCUUCAUUGAAUGUUUUGGACCAUUGAUUGGUCGGCAGUGGUGCAACAGUAGAAAGUUUCCUUCAGUUUUUGACUUGUCGCUGUGGUCACGUUGGGGCACGUUGGGGCACGUGAUGGGAACAUUGGAGAAGGCUGAAGGAAGAAGUCGACCCAAGCAGAUGAUCAGUCAUUAGCGUUACGGUUUAUUUGUCGUUUCAAAUCUGCAUUUAUGUCAAUAAAUAAACAUCUCAUGGGAGCUGAAACUGUGUAGAAGCGUGUUCCAUUGAGCUUUUGUGGUUCUGUAUUUCAAAAUGUGCAUAAAAGUAUAAGUGGAGGUUCUUUGUAGAUCUUUCAAUGUAGUCUUUUGUAUUGAGUUGUAGUGAUUUAUUCAAUUUGUUUUCUUGCAUCAUAAAACUAAAGCACCUGCUGCUAAAGACGUUUAAUUGUAAAUGGUUCCACU